AGAAGCGCCCCGGAACGGGAACUCGCACAAAGUGGCUACCUCGCAGUGAAAGAUUUGGAGUGAUCAAUGUGACUUUGAUGUGUUCGAUAUGGCUCUCAAAAGUGUACUUUUAGUGGUGGCAGUGGGCGCAGUUUGGCCGAAGGCGGUCGAAUCCCUGAGCUGCUAUUCGUGUUCUGGAGAAACGUGCGUUAAUGGGGUUGAUUUUGGAGCAAUGCUCGAUUGCAAUGGUGUCCAGGACGCGUGUUAUACCAAGUUCAAUGGGUAUGUGCCUACUGAACGAGGAUGUACUUCAGCAUUGAAUAAUCCAUGCACGGCAGGGUCAUGUGAGUCAUGUAACAGUGAUUAUUGCAACGUUCUUGGCGCAACUCAGCACAAAUGUGUGGUUUGCUCGUCGGUGCUGGAUGAAAACUGUAUUAGCAACCCAGGCGAGCUGCCAGGGCAACAGUGUGGAGCCCCGAGUACGGACGUGGCGGAAACGCAGUGCUAUUCGCGAGUGAUUGGAUCCGUUACCGAGCGAGGCUGCAUUCAAUCCCAAUCCGACUUGGACACCUGCGAUGGCAUCCAAUGCUCCACAUGCGCCGGAGAAGCAUGCAACAACGCGGAAUAUCCCGAAAAACGCCAGAAGUGCGUCAAAUGUAGCUCAAUGGAAUGCAAAACCUCCGCCACCACCAGUUACUGUGACCUUCCAGAUGACAGCUGCGUGACCGCCAAAAAGACUGAUGGAACGUAUCUCAAAACGUGCGAACAUUCCAUGACCGAUUCGGACCGACAAUUCUGCCAAUCAAAUCCAUCCGCCUGUUCGUUCUGCGGCCAGAACGAAUGCAAUCGUAACGAGAUCAACGUCGCCGACCCUGGCCGCCAAUGCUACACGUGCCAAGGCACCGAUUGUUUGCAUUCGUCACUGAGGAUCGAAACCUGUCACGAAACCGACGAUCGGUGCUUUACCAUCUUUGACGGUUACAACCCAACUCAACGGGGCUGCCGGUCACAAUUCAGCACCCAGGAAAAGGCCACUUGCGAUAAUGCCGACAACGUUAACUGCAAUCUCUGCCAAGAUGACCUAUGCAACGUGGGUGGACGUGAAGACCACAAAUGUCUGUACUGUUCCUCUACGCUAGAUGUAAACUGUAUCAACCCGUCCGGUCAGAUGCCGAGUUUGGUUCAAUGUCCUGCGCCAACCACUGAAGUCACGGAAGAGGCCCAAUGUUACACUCGAAUUAUAGGAAUGGUAACGGAGCGGGGAUGUCUCGGUUCGGCCACGGAUGUGGACCAAUGCGAUCCGGAAGAGAACUGUGCGACCUGUUCGGGACCCGGGUGUAAUAUGGCACUCUUCCCAACCGACAGAAGGAAAUGUGUGGUGGACUCUUCGGCCAAUCAGUACUGCCCGGACCCAUGGGAUGUCUGUGUACAAAUCGCCAACAGCACCAGUGGAGGGGCCAACAUUAAAAAAUGCCAGUCAUCGAUGACUGCGGAGGAGGCGUCCUUCUGCAAGGCCAACAGCAACAAGUGUGAUUUUUGUGCGUCAGAUAACUGCAACCAGAACGAAGUGAACUUUAACUAUGUAGAAUGCAUGGUCUGCAACUCCCGUGACAAUCCAGCCUGUGCGACAAAUCCAGCUGCCAUCACCAGCAUGGCACGCUGCCAAGCCUGUGCAAGUUUACUGACGAACGACGCCCAAGGUGUACAAGUACUGCAACGUGGAUGUCUAGAGCAGCUCUCGCCUGGAGGUGUCGAGCAGUGUUCAGGCACAACGUGUACAACCUGCAGAACAAAUCGCUGCAACAUCGGAAACUAUCCGGAGAGCCGUUUGGAGUGCUACUCGUGUCUCCAACCGCCGUGUAUUUCUCAUGGUUCGAUCAGUCUUGAAUACUGCCUGCAAUAUUCCACAUCGGAUCGAUGCGUCAUGCUGCUGGACACGUCAGGUAUCCCUAUCCGGUUGGGAUGUAACAGUACCCUUACGUCUGCAGAGCAAACUUCUUGUAGCUCGAAUCCCCAACAGUGCAGAUACAGUUCCAAAUCCAAGUCGAAUGACCCCUCGGCGCUUCUAAGACCUGGCAGCUGCGUGCAAUGUAAUUCUGCCUACGAGUCCAACUGUAUGACCAACCCCAGCAGCUUCGAGGCCACGCCUUGUAACGAUCCAGAGAACAGCCAAUGCUACUCACGUCUCACCAACGGAAAUAUCGUCGAACGAGGAUGCCUCAACGACCUGGACAGGGCCUCCAAAACCAAGUGUCUUUCGGGCAAUAACUGUAUGCUCUGCUCGACCCGGACGGAGAAGUGCAACUCCAGGCAGUAUCCACCGGACCUAAUCCGUUGCCACCAGUGCGACUCCAGUCAGACUGCCAGCUGCAAAAACGUUCAAUCCGGAACAGCUCCAGUCUGCCCUAGCUACAGCCAGGACAACCACUGCUACACCAUAGUGCAGAAAAGUGGCCAAACGGUGCGGAAAUGCUCGACCUUACCGCGGGAUACGGAAUGUGCUGGAGCAGAUCGGUGCGAGAUUUGUCGUUUCAGCGGUUGUAACUCCCGGAAUUCAACCGACGUAAUGCCCGUUGAUGUUCCGAAUCAAACGACAACUACCACACCAAAGCCAGAAAAAGCUGCGGCGGCCAUCGUGGGUGCCAAUUCGAUGGUGGCGCUCAUGACGUUGAUUGCGGUACUUGCGGUAGCACAACACUAAGCGGUGGCGAGGGUAUGCGAUAUUGCGAAUGAUCCAGUCAAACUCCGAUCGAAACGAAAAUACGCAGGAUAGCACGGAACCGAAUGAGGCAAAAUUUAUAAUUUUAAGUUUCGUUUCGUUUCGCCAUACUGUAAAAAAUCAGUUUUUUUGAUAAUAUACGGAAUUUUUCGAAAUGUUCAUCGAUUGAAAACCCCUACAA